AUGUAAGGUCAUACAACAAGGAUUCAAUAGAAAAAAUUUAUACUAUGAAGUACAUGAGAAAGACAGUAGUGGUGAUAAGGCAUUGGAAUAUCUUGUUAAACUUGUUGAGAGUUAUAAGGGUAAAUCAGGUAUUAUUUAUUGCAUUACCAAAAAAGAUUGUGAGAAAGUUGUACAAUAUCUCCAAAAAUCAGAAAUUUCUGCAAAAUAUUAUCAUUCAGGCGUAGAAAAAGCAGAAAAAAUCAUUAUUCAAAAUGAAUGGCAAUUUGGAAGGCUGCAAAUUAUUGCUGGGACUACUGCCUUUGGAAUGGAGGAAUAUUAUCAGGAGACGGGAAGAGCUGGUAGGGAUGGAGACCAUGCUGUAUGUGUUCUUUUAUAUGCAGUUAAUGACUACAAGUUAGUAAAAGCAAUGAUAGAAGCAGAAGAUGGUAUUCAAAAAGAACAAAAAAGAACAG